CCACAACACAGCACGUCGCCAUGAUCGUCAAGCCGUGCAUCGCCGUGAGUGCCGCGGUCGGCUUGACUUCGAGCGCUCUCGUGGGCGCGCUGCACGCCAGCGGCCCGGGAGGGCUGCCACGAGGGGCUCGCGGGACCGCGACUCGGGGCGGCCAGGGCAUGGAGGCGACCGGUAGUGGGUUUGACCUUGGCGGCUGGUUCAAGCAAGCGUUCACGCCUCAAACUGCGGCGGUUGUGAAGAAGAAGGCUGGCACGUCCGUGGCCAAGGAGAAGAAGGCGCCGAGUGGGCGAGGCUGCACGGACGCCGUGCUGGUGCUGGGUGGCACGGGCAAGACCGGGCGGAAAGUGGUGGAAGCCCUCCUGAAACAGAAGCGGGACGUGGUUGUUGCCUCGAGGAGCAAGGAGUCCGCGGCGGAGCUUUAUGACGCGUCCACCCCGGGGCUCUUUAGCGGCGUUGACGUGAGGGACGAAGCGACUCUGAAGAACAAGGCCUUGUUUGAGGGGGUGACGCAGGUCGUGUCAGCCCUCGGACCGCGAUUCGGCGAGGAGGGCAGCUCCUCGGAGGCUGUCGACUUCCGGGGAGUGCAGUCCGCCAUCGAGGCAGCAGAGGCGUUUCUCGAGCAAGGGGAUGGCUCCUCAGCAGCCCCGGAUGACGAGGAGCUAGUCCUGGUUGCUUCGGGAGACAGCGGCAGCGACGAGCGGGGUCCAGGAGGUGCGUGGCAGCCUCUGGACGAUGUCAUCAUGGGAGGAAGGAGUUCCAGUGCCUGGCAGAAGGGGGUGGGAGGGGGUGUUCUGGAGCGGCAGUCUGGGAAGACGUUCGGUCGCUGGGCGGGGACCCUGGUGACGGAGGGGGGUGGCUUCUGCGGCACCGUCAUCAAGGACAUGCCCUUCGACGCCACAGGUUAUGAUGGCAUUCGGAUUCGGGUGCGCGGGGACGGCAGCCGUUACAAGUUCCGCCUCAAGCCAGACACGAAACUGGACAACACUGCCGAGCGGCAAUAUCAGGCGCCGUUCGAUACGGUCAAGGGAGAGUGGAUCGAGGUGGACCUUCCGUUCGAGAGCUUCGUCGCGGUGAAGCGUAACUACGUGGACUUCAACGCCCCGCGGGUGAACGAAGGCCCUGCUGGCGGCAAGAUGCUAAGCCUGGGGCUCGUCCUCAGCCGGUUCGGUUUCAAUGAGUACCCGAACCCCAAGUACACGGCAGGGGCCUUCCAGCUGGACCUUAUGGAGAUAAGCUUGUACAAGAAGCCGAGGCCGAACUUCGUGCUCGUCUCCUCUGCUUCCGCGGAGCGAUACCACCGGUUGACCGAGGAGGAGCGCAAAAAUGACAUCCCCAUCGUCGCCCUUAACCCCGGGGGCAUCCUCAAUUGGAAGUACAAGGCGGAGACCAGCCUCCGAAAAUCGUCGCUUCGGCACUGCGUUGUGCGCGCGACGGGACUCAUCGCCGAGGGAAAAGAGGGAGAUGAGUCGGUCCGGCUGCAGGUGGGCCAGGGCGACACGCUGUCGGGGAGAGUUUCUAGGGAAGAGGUUGGGACUACGGUGGCGGCGGCGUUGAGCAGCUCUUACUCGGCGGGCAAGACGUUCGAGCUCCGCAGGGAUGAGGCGGAAGACGCCACCGGGAAAACCCCAGACUUCACGUCCCUGUUCCGCGGUCUGGUUCUCGACGAGGACCGGUCCCUGGCUUCCGCGGGAGGGGCAAGCCUGCCCCUGCCGCCGUUCGCCAUUGUCCAGGACCCUCCCCCGCCGGUAACGGAGGAAAGGAAGCAAGAGAUUCUCAACGACCCGAGGGUCAAGGCUCGGACCGCGGCUUCCAAGGAGCCGAAAUGAUUUCGGUUAUUUCUUUCCGUGGAAUAGUUGAUCGGGCCUUGUUGAGGAAGUCACAUGGAAUGCGUUCGCUUGCGAUUUGUGUGGGAUAGUUGAUCGGCGGAGGACUGGAGAGGCGAAAUCACACGACAGUUUGUUUCAGACUACCGCAUGCGUGUACAUGAGUGCCCAUGCCGUAGUCGUUAGACAUUGACCUCGCAUCCUACAGUACAACGCCGGGACGGAGCGAUAGGCAUAGGCACAGACGGGGGCGGGGGCAUUCGUUCACUUGUUUGGAGUCCAACUAUGCGGGUGUAGAGAGGCCACGUACUGGGCUCAUGAGAGAAGGGCGACAGGUCACAGGUGUACUGUAGUCAGCGGCGGUAAGAAGUCAUCCAAGAUUUUGUCGUGUCUCUGCGACGUCUCGCUUCGUGCCUUGUCUGUCUUAUGCGUACCUCUCACCAGCCAGCACAUCGAUAUUUCGUCACUUCUUGUCGCCUACGACUUUCUGGGUCACACGGAUGAUGAGUGGGUUACCGAUCUGCUUUCUUUCGUGUCAAGCGCCCAGAAGUCGAACCAAUCUUCUUUCUUUUGCGUCAAAGUGGCGAGACGUUAAACGGAGAACACACCGGGUGAGCUUC